AUGACCUUCACUGCCACCAGCAGACAAUUGUUCAGUCGCUUGAAGUCGCGAGUCAUGGCUCAGACGGAACGUUUGCGGCUGUCGCAGCCUGAUCCGAACAUUAUCUCGUCUUUCGCAUGGAUCUCACAAUUCACCGCACUGGCCGUCUCCGACUGCCAGGCCAGGGGGCGUGAGCCCGGGGCUUUAAAGGUGAUUUGA